GUAGGAGUGAUUCUAGCAGAUUAUGGCACUAGCUGGAGGGAGCAUCGUCGCUUUGCUCUGAUGACUUUGAGGAACUUUGGUCUGGGGAAGAAAUCAAUGGAGGACAGAAUUCACGAUGAGAUUCAACACACCAUUAAAACACUGGAUAAAAACAUUGGCAAAACUCUUUGUCCUCAAGUUAUGUUUCAUAACGUGGCCUCCAACAUCAUCUGCCAAGUUCUUUUCGGUACACGCUACGAGUAUGAUGAUGAGUUCAUCACAACAGUUAUUCAGUGCGUCACAGAGAUUACCAAGAUUGCCAAUGGACCAUGGGCGAUGCUGUAUGACUCUCUUUCCUUCAUUCAAAACCUGCCACUCCCUUUCAAAAAGGCCUUCAAGGACGCAAAGUGUUCUUCUGACCUUGUUCUUCGUUUGCUGAAUGAGCACAAGAAGACCAGAGUCCCUGGAGAGCCUCGAGACUUUCUUGACUGUUACCUGGAUGAAAUAGAAAAGAAAGCAGAGGAUUCUUCAUUUUCUGAGGACAAACUCAUAAUCACUGCUAUAGAUCUUCUGUUUGCUGGGACUGACACGACCUCCAACACCCUGCUUACUGCUUUCCUUUACCUUAUGAACCACCCACACAUACAAGAACGAUGUCAGCAGGAAAUAGACAGAGUGUUGGAAGGGAAGGAUCGGGCCUGUUUUGACGACAGACACCAGAUGCCCUAUGUGCAGGCUGUGACCCAUGAGGUACAGAGGAUUGCCAACACUGUUCCACUCAGCGUCUUCCAUUGUACGACUAAAGACACAGAGCUUUCCGGAUAUUCCAUUCCCAGGGGUACAAUGAUCAUCCAGAACAUGAUCUCAGUCCUGAACGAAGAGGGACAGUGGAAAUACCCUCAUGAAUUCAACCCUGAAAACUUCCUCAAUGACCAGGGAGAGUUUGUCAAACCAGACGCCUUCAUGCCUUUCUCUGCAGGUCCUCGGUUGUGUCUUGGAGAGGGUCUGGCUCGUAUGGAGCUCUUCCUCAUCAUGGUGACUCUGCUGAGGAAGUUUAAGUUCAUCUGGCCUGAGGAUGCAGGAGAACCAGACUACACGCCUAUCUUUGGAAUCACCAUGACUCCCAAACCGUAUCCCAUGAAGGUCCAGCACAGGCUUUGAACUGCACUAAACUGACUGAAAGAUGUAUUAAGAAUGAAGUUUGACCAAUUGA